CCGGUUCCAUCCGGUUCUCCCACCGCCCCCGCGACGGGUCGCAGCAGUUCGUCUGGCGGCUGGGCAGUGCGGCUCCUCGGUGACGGAUCCGGCGACGCACGCGUCUCCCACCCCGCGCCUCCACGAUGCCCAAGAGGAAGGUUAGCGCGGAUGGAGCGGCGAAGGCGGAGCCCAAGCGCCGCUCCGCGAGGCUGUCGGCCAAGCCCGCCCCUGCCAAGGUGGACGCGAAGCCGAAAAAGGCCGCGGGAAAGGAUAAAGCAUCAGACAAAAAAGUGCAGAUAAAAGGAAAGAGGGGCGCGAAGGGCAAGCAGGGCAAGCAGGCUGACGUGGCCGACCAGCAAACCACAGAUCUGCCUGCAGAAAACGGAGAGACGCAAAACCAGAGUCCAGCCUCUGAAGAAGAGAAAGAAGCUAAGUCCGACUAAGCAUCCAUCA